CAGAAUGGUUUUUUUCCCUUUUCUUAACCGUAGUGCCUUAGAGAGGUACCAUUUAUGAGAUCGCGAAAGAGAGGAAAAUAAAGAAAAAAGAGAGAGUUGAAUUUGGUUGAUCCAUUACAUUACAGUGAAGCAAAUCUGAAUCGGAAUCGGAAUCAGAAGGUGGUGUUUGGUGAAGUGAAGUAAAUGGCGCCAGUUUCAGCUCUUGCUAAGUACAAAUUGGUUUUCUUAGGCGAUCAAUCCGUCGGUAAAACCAGCAUCAUCACUCGCUUCAUGUACGACAAAUUCGAUAACACCUAUCAGGCUACAAUCGGCAUUGAUUUUCUAUCAAAAACCAUGUAUCUUGAAGAUCGAACUGUUCGACUGCAGUUAUGGGAUACAGCUGGACAGGAGAGAUUUAGAAGUCUAAUUCCAAGCUACAUUAGGGACUCAUCUGUUGCUGUCAUUGUGUAUGAUGUUGCAAGUCGUCAGACUUUUCUAAACACAUCAAAGUGGAUUGAAGAGGUGCGCAGUGAGAGAGGAAGUGAUGUUAUUGUUGUUCUUGUUGGGAACAAAACUGACCUUGUGGAUAAGAGGCAAGUCUCCACAGAAGAAGGGGAAGCGAAGUCUCGGGAGCUAAACGUUAUGUUUAUUGAAGCUAGUGCCAAAGCCGGCUUUAAUAUAAAAGCUCUCUUUCGAAAAAUUGCUGCUGCAUUACCUGGAAUGGAAACACUAUCUACAACAAAACAAGAAGACAUGGUCGAUGUGAACCUGAGGUCUUCUGCCAGCCAUGACUCUCAACCUCAGUCUGGUGGUUGUUCUUGCUGAUUGAGCCUUGUAGUUGUCUUGAAAAGUUUUGUAUCUUUUCCGCUUCAUGCUAUUUGUUUUGGGUUGUGGGUUUUUCUUCAGAUGUGUAAAGGUUCUCUAGUCUUCUAGACUUCAACAACAUUGCAUGAGAAAUAUUAUAGAAAAAGUGGAGAGGUAGUAACUGAUUUAUUGUUUAGUUUUAUUGAAAGAUAAACAUGGAGUUCAACACAUUUACUUUCUUCAUUAAGAUUGUGAAAAACUUGUUAGGAAUUUGUUGCAA